AGAGGACUGAUUAGCAGUGCAAAGCAGGGACGAAGAUACUUCCACAUGUUACAUCAAGAGGAAGAGGACAGAAAGAUAGAAGUGCAAGAGAACCUGCGACAGCUCCAUGAGAGAAACAAGACAGAGCCAAGGCCAUUCAGGGACUCUGACAGAGACAGUUCUGCAGAUGAAGAAGACAUCAGUACAUCCACUCAUAAAACAAGGUUCUUUCUCACAGAACUUGAAGUGCAGCAGAAAAAACAGAAGAAAUCAAUGAGCCGUCCAUUCACUCCUAUGCAUAACUGUCUCCUUUCCAAGCAAGUCCAUGAAGCAGACCCGGAAUCUCUCUUCCGUCAGCUCUGUGCCCUCCAUUGGUUGUUAGAAUCUUUAACAGAGCAGUCUGGCCUGAUGCGACCUGUAUCCACCUGCUGGAAUAUAAGAGAUCCAGGUGGCUGUAAAACAUCAUUUAAAAGAAUCAAUAAAGAAAAGGAAAUAGAAAUGAAGUGGGAGCAGUUUAUAAUGCCAGGAAAGGGUAAAAAGACAAGGGCAGAGAAUUCUCCGUGGUCACGUACCACGAGCACGCAAGUUAUCAUUCCUCAGCAUGUCUCGCUUUACUGGGCUUUCCAUCAACUGUCACACCAACCA